GUAGGUCUACAAUGAGAGAAAAAGAAGAAUUUUGCUUUUGUAAAAUUAGAAGAAAGGAGUAGCCUAGCCUUGAGGUCCUGGGAACUCUCGCCAAAAGGAAUCCCCUUCCUUAAAGUUUACACAAGAUCUGAUAACAAAGCUAUAACUGAGCUAUACAUAAUAGACUACACGGUCAUACACGUCUAAAUGCAAUAAUGCUGUUUGUAGACGAAUUUGAAGGGGAGGUUAUCGAGAUCGUUGAGAGAUUUACAAAAGCAGCUAUGAUAGAUAUUCUGGAGGUAUUUAAUAGACGUUCCUCAGCUUUACGCGAAGAGAAUGAGGCGCUCAGGACAUCACUGGUGUUGAUGGAGCGCGAAAUGCGCGCAAUACGCAACGCAUGCAAUAAAGGCAGCACUUUAGAUGUGUCAGUCGAACUUCAGGUACAUGGAGAGCCAGCUACAGCGGGGACAUUGAGUUGUCUGAAGAGAGAAAGAGAUCCUUCACCCUCACCAACUCCCCCCUUCAGCAACGCCUCAGCUAGUGACCUGCCAACAAUGGAUGGGCAAAGUAUCCCACUAACUUUGACAAGCCAGGGUGACUGUCCAGAAUCCUUCCCUUCUACAGAUGAUAUCUCAGAGAAGAUGGGGGACGGUUAUACAGAUAGGCUCUCAUCCUAUCCCGACGCUUACUAUACGGAGAUUGAGCCUGUGGAAGAGUUUGGGCACGGCAUAGUGCAUCAAAAACAGGGGUUGCCCUUGAAAAACAGCAUCAGAAAUGCUAUUGUGAUGAGUCAGAUAAGCAUGCAGAGGAACCACAAACCCGUGGCCCACAGAACUCCAACAUCUGAUAAAUCACCAUUGGUCAUGAUGUCUGAUGCACCUGUUCAACCCACAGAAUAUCCGUUUUCAUCCUCUGAUGAACCCCAUGUUGAUUCAUUCAGCUACACACAACGCAACAAGGUCGUCAGCGUCACAGACAAGUUUAAGCAGCACCCACAUACACAUCAAAAGAAUUCUACAUCCCUGCCUGGGCGACCAUUCAGGUGCACGUUAUGUGGGAAGGCAUUCACUGCUAAGAGCAGUCUGACUGCACAUCACAUCACACAUACUGGAGAGAAGCCCCAUAGAUGCAGCACCUGUGGAAAAGGAUUUGGUCUCGUCUGCAAUCUCAGAACACACGAGAGGAUCCACACUGGCGAGAGGCCUUACGUCUGCACACACUGUGGAAGGAGCUUCACUCAGAAACACGUGCUGAACAGGCAUGUCUGUCUGUCGCAUAAAACCAAGGCCUCAUUGUCCACUUUGCAGAAGAGCAGUUGUGCUACUCAUAUUUGAGUCCGACCAUCUGAUGCACAGGGGUAGACAAAAUUGAGUUAGAAAAAGACAGUUCUGCAAUAUUUUCCCCUCUGCAUAAUUAAUAGUAUGAGUAGAAAGUCUAGUGCCCCUGUUAUUUUCUGUUCUAAGUUGCAGAUUCAGAAGAAAAGAAAUUGACAAUAUCAGGGGGGCUCUGUUGUAAUUCAUUUUGGGGGAUAUGGGGUUGCUAUAGGCAUCUGUUUUUGAAACUAGAAACCCUGAUGGUUUAAUCAUCCUGCACAUUUGGACUCCAGGCCCUCCCAUCUCUUUACAUUGUGCCAUCUUAAGUUUCUUGGCAGUGUCUUGCAUGGAAUAGCCUAAAUAUUGCAAAUACAUGCAGGCUUCUGAAGAAAGCUCUUCAUUUGUGACCAUUUUAGACCAUUAACAAACCCAAAUCUGAUACUGAAAGAAGUGUUUUCUAAAGAUGAAUAUUGCCUAGAAAUAACAGUGUUUUAAAACUUUAAGUCUUAAAUUAUGUGAAAAAAAAAAAGUUUCAGUGAUUCCAAAGUUCUAAACAGCACAUAGGCGUAUACAGUAUCAUUCCCAUGCACUUUCCCAUUGCCAUGCGGCAACAAAAGGCUGGUUUCAAUGCGCACUGCCUAUAGUACACAGUGUUACAUAAGAUGUUCUGUCUUCUUUGUGGCUUGAUUCUUGUUUCUUUGUGCUUUUGACUAAUUGCACAUGUGCCCUCCUGUAUA